UAGUGGAGAAAAGGUUUGAGAGGUACAAAGACUGGACUUUACAAUCACUACCCCUCACUCCAUCAUCCUUAUCUAUUCAUUUCCCUGGUAACCCAAUCCACAGCCUGGUACCUUCCCCACUGUCAUUUCUGCUGCAUUACAGACACAGACUUGCAAAUAGCUAUGGUUGUGACUGAGUUUCUUCGUGACACCUGACCCUUUCUCAUGCUGCAAGGAAAGCUUGCUGGGAGGAGCAUGGAAUCUGGAAUGAAGCCAGAGGGCAAAGCUGAAAGGGGUCAUUUAAGUGCUGCUACUCAGAGAUUCACUCAGAAGACUGGACACAAUUCCGAAGGUCACCCAGAAGGAGAGGACAAUGUCAUUUCUAACCGUGCCAUACAAACUGCCUGUGUCUUUGUCUGUUGGUUCCUGUGUGAUAAUCAAAGGGACACCGAUCGACUCUUCUAUCAAUGAACCACAGCUGCAGGUGGAUUUCUACACUGAGAUGAAUGAGGACUCAGAAAUUGCCUUCCAUUUGCGAGUGCACUUAGGCCGUCGUGUGGUCAUGAACAGUCGUGAGUUUGGGAUAUGGAUGUUGGAGGAGAAUUUACACUAUGUGCCCUUUGAGGAUGGCAAACCAUUUGACUUGCGCAUCUACGUGUGUCACAAUGAGUAUGAGGUAAAGGUAAAUGGUGAAUACAUUUACGCCUUUGUCCAUCGAAUCCCGCCAUCAUAUGUGAAGAUGAUUCAAGUGUGGAGAGAUGUCUCCCUGGACUCAGUGCUUGUCAACAAUGGACGGAGAUGAUCACACUCCUCAUUGUUGAGGAAACCCUCUUUCUACCUGACCAUGGGAUUCCUAGAGGCUGCUAACAGAAUAAUCCCUCCUCAACCCCUUCCCCUACACUUGGUCAUUAAAACAGCACCAAACCACACAUGAUUUGGUUCUUGCUUUAAGAGGGGGAAAGAGGACGUGAUCAUCCCCAAAAGGGGCCAGGGCAUUCUAUGGGAGGCAUCAAGAAAUCAAAGGGGAUAAA